CAUUUGUCCUCACUCCUCUAGGUCAGCACGGUUUGACACUGUCAAUCAUCAGAUACUCCUCUCCACUCUCUCAUCAAUGGGCAUCGCUGGAAUUCCACUUCGCUGGUUUGAAUCCUAUCUCACUGAUGAUCCAACGGUAGCUGCAAGGAUCUCAGGUUGCCUGGCGGACAUCUCGGCAUGGAUGAAAGAACAUCACCUUCAGCUCAACCUGGCAAAGACUGAGCUUCUUGUCUUUCCUGCCGCUCCAACUCUACAGCAUGACAUCACGAUCCAGUUAGGUUCAUCAACAAUUACCCCAUCAACUUCGGUCAGAAAUCUUGGUGUAAUCUUUGAUGACCAGCUGACCUUCAAAGACCACAUUGCAAAGACUGCUCGAUCUUGCAGGUUUGCACUACACAACAUCAGAAAGAUCAGGCCCUUUCUGACGGAGCAUGCUGCACAACUUCUUGUCCAGGCCCUUGUCAUUUCUAGGCUGGACUACUGCAAUGCUCUUCUGGCUGGACUUCCAUCAAACACAGUCAAACCUCUACAAAUGAUUCAGAAUGCGGCGGCACGACUGGUCUUCAAGGAACCCAAAAGAGCCCAUGUUACACCUCUCUUUAUCUCAUUGCAUUGGCUACCAAUCGCAGCUCGCAUCAAGUUCAAGACACUGAUGCUUGCUCAUAGAACAACCACAGGCUCAGCACCCGCCUACAUGCACUCACUAUUAAGAAUCUACAUCCCCUCCAGAAGUCUGAGAUCUGCUAGUGAGCGACGCCUCGUGGUACCAUCACAAAGAGGCUCAAAAUCACUCUCCAGAACAUUCUCGUUCACCAUUCCUUGCUGGUGGAAUGAUCUUCCCACCCAUAUUCGGAGUACUGGAUCCCUGUCAAUCUUCAAGCAACAGCUGAAAACUCAUCUCUUUCGACACUACUUGACUUCAACCCACACAUAAAAAAAAAAAAAAAAAAAAACUCUUUCUCCUUAUUUAUUCCUUCCCUUGCUAGCUUGUACUUAUUUAAACAAUGCCUGAGACUUGGUGUUACAAGCACUUCGUUUGUCGGAUUGCCUCUUCAAG